AUGAUGUUUCUGAAACUGCUAUCUCUGCCUCCAACCUGCGGAGGGAUCACGCGGCAGUGGAGGGCAGAUAAAAAGCCCUUUGGACGAGGGUCGCCUCCGUCCUUGUUGUUCACUUGGGAGCAGUGGAGAGGAAAACGGUCCCCACGGGCGGACUUUGGCUUCUGGAGCCGCGGGGCUCAUCCGUCCGGGCCUCCCGGAGCCUCUGCCGGGUAUGGGGGGAGGGGCAGCGGGGGAGGGGACUGGGAGAAGGGAUCUGGGGACGGGGGGCUGGAAGCGCUAAGGAGACCUGCUGGGAGGAUUUGCGUCAGCAGGUCCAAGAGAGACUUGGGAGCGCUGGGUGCAGGAGGUGGAUCUCGGCCUAGUUUGCUUGCAGAAAUAGAACUGUAUUUCGAGGAAAUCAAUCAAUCUGCAGGAAACAAAAAUGGAAGUCGAGGUUUGGGAAGAGUUGUCACUUCCCCGACUCGAGUGGUGCGGGCCGGGGGCGGAGACUUGGGACCGCGGAGAGGCCCUUUCUCCCACCUCAGCUCGUUCCCAGGACUUCCAGAAGGGAGAAGUACCCUCCUCACCCCUCUUCUUCCCCACACCCCUCCUCGCUCGCCUGCCGGCCCCUUUCCGCACCUCCUUCUCCCCUCAAAUGAGAAAAGCUUAGUUCCCGAGCCGGUGUACGCGGUUGCCUUACCCCUCCCCGCUCCCACGCGGGUGCCCCCUCCAGCCAUCGCUACUGCCACCACCUCGGUUCCACUCAAUCGAUUUUUGCUGCAUGUCAACACUUAUUCCCGAAAAUGGCCCGCUGAUGAUGUGACCCAGUGUACCAGGACUAAGGCUUGGGGUGGUUUCCUUAGAAUUCCAAGACUCCUUCUACCAAUGCCUCCUCUGACCAGAAGCAGCAAAGUCUUUCUGCCUCCAUCAACAGUUUGCAGCGGCACUGGACCUCCUGCACGCAGUCCUGGGCUGGAACAUUUAUCCUUGUCCCUCUGGGGAGAUGAGACCAAGAGCCGCUUCCACUGUCCCGGAGAAGACAGUGGAGCAGAUACGGAAUGUGACUUGGAAUCCCGGUUAGUGGCAACCCGGUUCUUGGGCUCUUUCCUCCGUUCUACUACUGUCAACAGCCCCCUCAACUCUGCUUCCCUAGGCGGGUAUCUGGGUGAAGUUCCUGCACCCAGUUGAAGCUUGGUAGCAUCGUUCUCGGUCCUCCCGGAUGAACUGGCAGGGCCUUCCCUAAUGUCACUUUACGCAGCCGCCUGCGCUGGGUUGAAGGAGAGUCUCCCCUGACUGAUUUGUCCCGCUGCGUGCAGGCGCAGGAGGGGGGAGAGCAGAUGGGGACGACCCUGCAGGCCGUCCUGAAAGCCACAGACGGGGAUUUACCUGCCGAUUCCAAGGCGACAGACAACAGGUCACUUUGUUAGAGAAUAAGAUAAUAUCAAACAAAAGAAAGUAAAAUAAAACCCUUCUUAUGAGGGC